AGAACAAGAAUGUCAUCGUUAAUCGUUUCAAAAUCAACGGAAACGCGUGUGUUUAUUUUUUUUUAAAAUAUUAUUAUCAAAGCAGUUAAAUACCCACUUUAUCAUCAAAUGGUUCCAUUAUAUUAAUAUCUAAUUAAUCACUCAAUAAAAGUAACUAAAAAAAUUUGACAUGGAAAUCAAUUGAAAAUUUAUCACUUAAAAUCUGUGAAAGUUUUUUUCGUACACUUUAAUGGUUGAAAUAGUUAAUUGUAAUUGUCAUCAAACAAUUGACGAGAAUCACGUGCGAAUUUGUUGCUGCAGAAUUACCCAUUUAAUGUGUUACACUUUAGAAGAGUUUCAGUGACAAACAAUGCAGCAAAAAUAUUCGGUCGCGAUUUGUAUAAAUAUCAUCAACGGAUUCAUUUGCUACAUUAGUUUACGAUAUGAAAUAUUUCAUUCUUGUUAUCCUUGCUGCUAUCUGUGGUACUGCUUUGUGUGGAAAAGCCGAAUGGAGAGCAUUCAAAAUGGAAUGUUCUGAAAAACAUAAUAUCCAGCUUGAGGAUGCAAAAAAUGCAGUUCAUGGCAAAACGUUGGAAGCCGAUGUUACUCAUGAAUUGAAGUGUUACUUUUUGUGCAUGGGCGAAAAGCAAAAAUUAAUAAAAGAUGGCACAUUCCAGGCUCUAGCUUUUACCGAAGCUUUAGCAAGUAAUCCCGAUAAAGAAUUGGUAGCAAAAGCAGCAACUGAAUGCAGUGUUAAGGGAACGGAUAAUUGUGAUACUGGUUAUAAAGUGGCUAAAUGCAUUGCUAAAAACAAGUUGAAAAAACACCUUAUGUAAAAAUUUAGAGAUAUGAAUCUAACCUUUAAAAACAUAAAUAUAUUUUAACUAAAAGCAAGUAAAUACAAAA